AUGCUCCCACGACACGCCACAUCGCUGUCGCGCGGAUACAACAUCACCUCUAGAGCUUCUCUUCUGUGUAGAAGGUUUCCUCGCCCUCCGGCCUCCCAAUUCCGCACCUCCUUUAGCAAUGGCAGCCCCGUGUCUGCGUCCAAACGCGCUACCCUGCAGUUAUCCCCCUUGAGCAAGCAGCAUCCCGCUUCUACCGUCAUACGAAGCCAAUCUACGAGGACACACCCAGCAGAAAGGUCACGGUUGGUGCGCGGCAUUCUCGUCGCCGGCUUCUUCGUGUACGAUGCCUACACCUACAAUGAGGACCCUAUCACCGAAGACCUCCCCGUAUCAGAACUUGCCCUGAAUCCACCCAGAGGCGGGCCAAAGAACCUUCCGAUUGCCAAUUACUUUGUAGACGAUGACGAGAGCCCUGAGAACAAACAGCUUAAACACAAACCCAAGCUGGUCAUUUUAGGUACGGGAUGGGGAAGCGUCGCGCUUUUGAAACAACUGCACGAGGAUGAUUAUCACGUCACAGUAAUUUCGCCAUCGAAUACCUUCCUUUUCACGCCCAUGCUACCGUCUGCAACCGUGGGCACGCUGGAAUUGCGGUCGCUGGUUGAGCCCGUCCGAAGGAUCGUGAGGAGAGUGCGUGGACAUUUCCUCAAGGCAAAAGCCGAAGACGUCGAGUUUUCGGAGAAGCUUGUUGAGUGUUCAGCUAUAGAUGCCCAAGGCAAGGAACAACGGUUUUACGUUCCAUACGACAAGCUGGUGAUUGGUGUUGGAUCUGUGUCCAACUCACACGGUGUCAAGGGCCUAGAACACUGCCAUUUCCUCAAGGACAUCAGCGAUGCCAGGAUCAUCCGCAACCAGGUGAUCAAGAACCUCGAAAACGCGUGUCUGCCCACAACUUCAGAUGAAGAGAGGCGGCGACUCUUAUCAUUUGUGGUCUGUGGUGGAGGACCUACUGGUGUAGAGUUCGCGGCUGAGCUCUUUGACAUGCUUAACGAAGACCUUUGCAAGCUAUACCCAAAGCUUUUGCGAAACGAGAUUUCUGUUCACGUAAUUCAGUCGCGUGGCCACAUUCUCAAUACCUAUGACGAAGCACUAUCGCAGUAUGCUGAGCAGCGCUUUGCGCACGACUCGGUCGACAUCCUCACAAACUCCCGCGUCAAGGAGGUUCAAUCAGACCGGAUUCUCUUCACACAGAAAGGCGAAGACGGCAAAUUCGUCACCAAGGAAAUUCCCAUGGGCUUCUGUCUUUGGUCUACCGGCGUGGCUCAAACAGACUUUUGCAAGCGUCUUGCUGCUAAACUCGAUGGUCAGAACAAUAGACACGCUCUGGAAACCGAUACACACCUCCGUCUACACGGAGCACCCCUCGGGGACGUCUAUGCGAUCGGUGACUGCGCAACCGUACAAAAUAAUGUCUCGGAUCACAUUGUGAACUUUCUCCGUACAACGGCCUGGGAGAAGGGCAAGGAUCCCGAAAGCCUGCACAUUUCCUAUUCGGACUGGCGUGGCAUUGCCAAGCGUGUCAAGCAGCGAUUUCCUCAAGCCUCCAACCAUCUCCGCCGUCUUGACAAGCUCUUUGAGCAAUACGACAAGGACAAGUCGGGCACUCUCGACUUUGGCGAGCUUAGAGAGCUUCUUUUCCAAAUCGACUCGAAGCUCACUUCCCUCCCUGCCACCGCUCAGCGCGCUAACCAACAAGGCGAGUACCUUGGUCGCAAGUUCAACAAGAUUGCCCAGGCUGCACCAGGCAUGGCUCUGAAUAAUGUCGACUAUGGUGACUUGGACGAUGCAGUAUACAAGGCAUUCGAGUACAAGCACCUGGGUUCCUUGGCAUAUAUUGGCAAUGCCGCAAUUUUCGACCUCAAUGGCUACGGGUUGAGUGGAGGCCUCUUGGCUGUUUACCUGUGGAGAGGGGUAUACUUUGCCCAGAGUGUCAGUCUCCGAACAAGGUUUUUACUUGCCAUGGACUGGACCAAGAGAGCACUUUUUGGACGAGGUGAGUAG